CAGAGCCUCAUGAGAAGAUGAUCAAUCUAUAGCGACUUCAAGGCCGAGUUUCGUCAGGUCCACUGCCAUUGCCUUCAUAUCGCCAUGACCACGCUCGUCGUCCCCGGCCAAGUCCUAGCGAGCACAUCCACCCACCAAGCCGGUCCAGGCACACACAUCUAUGAAAACAACAUCCUCGCCUCGAUCGUUGGCCAAACCUCGACCACUCCCGCCCCGAACAAGACCAGCAAACCUACCAUCUCAGUCCCCCGUCAAGGCCCGACCCCGACGAGCGUCAACUCUGCAGCGGACCUCCCAAAAGUCGGCUCGACCGUCCUCUGCCGCGUAACGCGUGUGCAGCAACGCCAACUCGCUGCAUCAAUCCUCCUCGUCGACCCGUCCGCUCAAGACGUCGUCUCCUACACUAAAAUCACGAACGAUGACCUUCAAUUCCAAGCCGUGCUGCGCCGCGAAGAUGUGCGCACCCACGAGAAAGACAAGGUCGUCAUGAACGACAUGUACAGAGUCGGAGACAUCCUGCGAGCCUCCGUGAUCAGUCUGGGCGACGAGAGAAAUUAUUACAUCAGCACGGCGGGCAACGACUUCGGUGUGGUGGUUGCGACGAGUGGGACUGGCAACGCCAUGGUUCCGGCAAGUUGGAAAGAGAUGAGGGACGUUGUGACCGGCCACGGCGAGAGUAGGAAAGUCGCAAAGCCGAUGUGAUCAACCAGUAGGUUCCGCUACUUCGAUAUGAGCAUGCCUGUCUUUGGAGGUACAGCAGGUGCCGACCUUCGCCUAUCAACCCUUCAACGUCUCCGAGUAAUCAUGGGUACCAGCAUCGGAUCUGCUACGCGCACAAAACACAUGCGAAGGCGGCGAACAUCGUGGUGUGCCGUCACGUUUGAAAAGGUCAAUCUCAGCUGCGACCGAUCUCUGCAGCGGCCACAUUCCAGCUAGCCCUCCGCCAUUUAAUUAUCCUUGCAAACAGAGGAUGUCGCAACCGUUCUUCCGUCUGAGUACACAGCAAAGGCCCAUCAUAGGGAAUUCCUGUACUAGAAGCCUUCGACUUCGUGAAAGAUCAGCAUCCAUCACUGAAAGCGCUGAGACAGAAUCUCGGCGCCAACACUGGUGGAAGCGAGCUGUCACAUCUUCUCACAAUUGAGAAAUCCCCGGCAGCAUGAAUGGCCCAAGUCGUCCUCGGGCUUACAUAUUCCCUGCUUUUUGGUCUCUCAACCAUACCUCUCCAGUAUCCAUGGUCACGACCUUUGCAAUGUCAGACUGUGUUCGUCACGGGAGGAAGAAGAAUCCUUUGCCCUGAAAUCAUUGGAAUCAUUCACUUGGUUCUUUUGAACUUGGAGGCUUCCCCUGUCCAGGUCUGGCAUCGCUUCACUAUCUAAAUGAGACGUCAGAAAGAAUUUAUGGGAGGAGACAUGAAGAACCUUCGUGCCCCAUACUGGUCGGACUCGCAAAAUGUAUAAUUAGUGCAAUCAGGUUAAGAGAAAAGCUAUAUUCGAGCACUAGCGUCUCUCUCCUGGCAGACCAGAGUUUGCACAAGCCAUUCUUUAAUAUGCGGAUAGUCAUUCCUCGCCCUCCUAUCCUUGUUUACCAUGUAACC